CAUCGUGGCACACGAGUGUCAACAUGUAUGACACCAUCACUGGAAACAUCCACUCCAUACAUAUAACAAUGUGCUUUCUUCUGCGUGUAUAAAGAGAGACGCCCUCCUAUCCUGUAGUUGGCAGAUCCUCGCGGUCAGAAGGAAAUGUCUGCAACACGCGUUGAGUCCGCAUACCUCAAUGGCACUGGAGCCUCAGCUGUCCCAGACGCUGCGGCUCGUAGCGAAGCGUUCUAUGAGAAGCUUCUCCAGUUGCAUGAAGAUGUCAGCAACGGCAAGAACCCACGCUUGACGUUUACGCAAGCACCACAAAAGUCGCAGUCCCGCAGUUCAACCCUUGCGAACAUUUCCGGUUCCACUCACUCACAAACAGAAGUUCUUUCUCGGCCUCCCGCUCUUGAUAAAACUGCGUCCUCUCAUCUCCUUUCGUCAUCUGCGGCGGCCUUGACUACCGCCCAUCCUGCGACUAGAUCGAAUUUAACCCCUGCUAAGACCAAUAAUGGACCGCAGCAAAAAACGGACGAUCCUACGCGUCUGAAAAUCAUCCAGGAGGCUCGUCGGAAGCUUGAGAGAGCCAUAGCAGAAUAUGCAAAAGCUGAAGAACCGAUACUCAAGAAUGCCAGAGAAAUACCUCUGAAUCUUCUUGCCCUUGCUCAUGCACAAGUAGCACCCAUCUCUGGCUUAAAGCGCGACUCGUCAGAAGAUACUUUUGACGAGGAUUCUUACUACUCUAGCAAGGCCAAUAGUUGGUCUACCGAGCAUACUGAGCCACAGCUUGGCCACACGGAUAAUGCGAUUGUUAUUUCUGACGACGAAGAAGAUCUGUAUGAACCACCAUCGCAGGUAGAUGGGAAUUUGCCAGCGACUGGCCAGUCAAAGAUAUCGACAGCUCAACAUUUAGAAGCCACAAACUCCAAUGGCGAAUGGGAACCAGACUGGGAUGAGGAGGAGGAUUAUGAACCGCCAGCGCCUGCAGCAUUUGGGUCCAAUCAUCCCCGUCCUUCUCCACAGCGUUCCACCGCCGUGUCUGCAACACAGCGUACUUCUUACGCACAGUUACAAAACCUCCCGCAAGACAUCACGAGCAGACUGGAUCUUCGGGCACAGAUGCCUGCCAUAGCCGUGAACCAGAUCCCCACGCCGGCUGCACCUCAACCAUCACGCAUCUCGCCUUUGACUGCCGGCAACUUGACCCGCACGAUGCAAUCUCAUAUCAGUAGCAUACAGCACGCACACACAAGCGAAAAUAUGGCGCACGUUGGUAGUCAAUCAGAGUCUCAAGGUAACAUCCAAUCGGUUUCCGAGAAAGACAUAAGGAAACAAAAACGCCUUGCUCGAAAGGAGGCUAAAGCAGCUGCAGUGGCAGAGUCCUCAAAGAAACGCAAGAGAGCUACUCCAGAGAAGCCGUUGGAGAAAAAAGGCAAGCGGCGCGCGGUCCAAGAUCAGCAAAGCACGCCAGAACCGUACAUCAAACCAGAGCCUGCUUCACCUGCACCUGGGCUUGCCGCGAUCCCCUCCCGUCGCUCUAGCGUCGUCUAUCGAGCCCAGGCUGACGCCGGGGUGUAUUCUUCACCACAUAAUACGGGAGCACGCUCUGCUUAUAUCUCUGAUCAGGAGCACUCACCCCGCGGUUACAGAUACGCUGAUGUUGAUGCUACAGAUCGUGUAGUUAUGCCACCACCAAAGCCAAUUCGUCGUGGGAUUGAGAGUCAAGACCUUCGGCGAGUAGCAAGCUUACAACAUGCACGACGGCCUAUGUCACCUAGUCAUGAUUAUCCUACCUAUGCUGAUCCCCGUGCUCAGCCAUCGCGUUACGAGUAUUUUGAGCAACCUGUUUCCCGGGUUCCUGCGUAUCAUGAAUCCUCGGUGCGGCCCUCGUCUGUCAGGCCAGCUCGAACACCGUCUCCACAUGCGAUUAAUACGUAUGACCCACGUUACUCAGCGGCUGCGCCACGCCCAGGUCAAAUUGUGACCGAUGCUUAUGGCAAUCGCUACAUAGCCGAGCUUGUUCCAGAGGAAUAUGGCGCUAUCGGUCGGAGAGCUCAUCCUGAGGACUAUUAUGGCCGCUAUCCAUCGAAACGGGCAGAAGCAUAUGAAGAUGAUCCAUACAGCAUGGCUCAGCCAACAAGAUCGCGAGCUUACUCAACCAUGCCAGAGCCUAUGCCAGCUGAUCGUCGUUUACGUGCAUAUUCACACAUACCAGAACCAACCGCGGAUCCACUUGUUGCUGGCCGCGCAUAUUCUGUCCAUCCCCCUGCCCCUCGUCCUCGAGAGACUCAUCACUCGGAUGAGAACGCAGCCUACAGCCAGCGUCGUGUGCCAAGCCGAUAUGUUGAAGGAACCUCGCCGCAUGCUGCGUACACUGCAGAAUAUCCGCCGAUUCCUCGUGCUUACAGCACUAGACCUGAUGCUUCACGAGUUGAUAUGCUUCCAGAAUAUUCGCGCGCACGCGCGGGCAGCAUGGUUCCUACGCGUCACGGCGAGAUGGCUCCACCAGCUUUGCCAGUCAUGCGGCCGCGAGAUGCUGCCCCACCUGAUGAUCGAUAUCCUUCAGGUAGCGCGAGGGGGCAGUACGACGAUCGCAGAGCGCUCGGCUACAGGGUCUAAUGCGUAAUACCUAGGUUGUAUAUAAUCCUACGGAAUGUGUAUCAUUGGGACUGUACUUUACUUUGUUAGAACAUGGGUGCUGCAAUAAAUCGUGUUAUCUUCUAGUAUUGCAGCUGAUUUGAGCUACUCAGCCUGUGCAAUAAGAUUUGGGUCCUAAUAGCUGAAUCAGGAAUCAAAACAUACUUGAUCG